AUCUGCCGCACUGUAGAAUAAGUUCAAAAGUGAAAUAUGAAUAAAAUAGUAGCGUCGUAAUAAAGAAAACAAAAGUAAAGUGAAAAUAAAAAAGCUGGUAAAGUCGAAGUAAUAUUUGGGUCCCCAAAAUUGUUCGGAAGUAGAGCAACCUAAUUGCCUACGGAUGAAGCUACUCUCCGUUUCUGUUUAACUUGAAAGUGAAUCUCACGCGAAAUCAGACGGCAUGGAGGACAUUGCACCAUGCUGCUUUAAGCUGUUCGUUUUGCAUCACCCUUGUGAAGGGAAACGAUUAGCGGGCAGACGACGGGAACAGGAGACAGAGCGAUGAAUAGGAAGACGGGAAGGAGGUGGAGAGACACGGCUAGAAGGGGGCGUAGAGAAGAACAGGGAGCAGAGACUGAGGAAGAAGCUGAACCACAACCUGGGCAUUACCAUCGUGGGCAGGGGAGAGGAGCAGAGUCACGCACUCACAGGCUAUCUAAAUUAAAGGCUUGUUAUCGAGACGCACAUCUGGAACUGAAGAGUCGGUAUUUUCAAAGUGGGUUGUGUCUCUCUUCUUAUAAUGGCCCAUCCCACUCUGGUGAGGUUGCUGAUGGUGUCUGCCAUUAUAACGGUGGUACAUUCUGCUGGCGAGGAGAAUGACGUCGAUUAUGGAUACUGGAACUACAGAGAUGGAGCUGAUAAUGUCAACGUGGCCUCGGUGCGCAGUGUGACCAGGGUUUUGGAUGCCUGGGGCAAACGCAUCUUCAAUGAAAUCAAGACCCUGCUGCACUCCCAGCCCAGUGCACUGCUGCCCGACUACUCAAGGGUGCGCCCUCUGUCCGAGUCUGUCAACGACCUGUUCAGAGAAGUCUCCCUGCUGCACAGACGCAUCACCGAGCUCAGCCAUCGCCUAGCAACCCUGGAACCAUUCCUGCAUCGCUACGGUUACCAAGAUGAGCGGGAGGAGACAAGAUUUGGCGGGGCUCUCGUACCUCAGACCAUCCGAGGGCAGGUGGCAAGUCUGGCCCGGUACACCCCGAGAAAAGUUACGAGGGUUAUCCCGCCGAUGGGGAGUCGGAUGGUGAGGAGGAGAAGAGUGAAAAUCUACAAGAGAGGGAAUGUAAGGAUGCCUCAGAGUGAAAGAUAGAUGGAUCAAUAGAUAGAGAGCUAUAUUGGGAUGGAAGGAAGUGGAGAGUGGGGACUGAACAUUUGCUGUGUUGAGAGAGAGAGAAAGAGAGAGAGCGAGAGAGAGAGAGAUUAUAUGUGUGUGAAACCUGAGAUAUAAACUGAUUAUAUUUUUUUGUACCAUGACUUGUGUGAUCACAUGGCUUCUGUCAUGAGAUCAGAAAAUAUGCAUUAUAUUUCUGUAGUUUGUCAUUUAAAGUUUCAUUGUCUUCUUUAAUAAACUCUCUUGUAAUAGUGA